GAGCAGAGAAUAAGAGCAACAUCGCACAUUUACUGUAGAACAUACAAAGAGGAACCGUUGGGUUGGGCUUGGGCUCACCACAAACUUGCCUUAUAUCAGUGUCACUGUAUCUGAGCUGCUGCCCAUGUUGAAGAGUUUGAGGUGGGAGAGAGAAGCAGCAGAGAGAAUAUAAGGGGGACAGUAUCGGCAUGUCUCCCUCUUUCCUGGCUCCCCUCAUCCUUACUGUGCUUGGGGUGCAGAUCACUUGCUCCAAUGGAAACCCUGAAACAGGCCAAUGUAAUGUCUCCGAGAUAAAUGGAAUAAACAGGACGGUUGGAGACAAGGACCAUUAUGAGACUGGGGGAUCAGUGAGCGUGUGGUGCAGCCCAGGGUAUGACCCGAGGAACAAGACAAUAACAUGUCGGAGCAAUGGGAUGAGUGUCAUGUGGGAUGAUCCUGUUCCCUGCACAGAACGGUGCAAGGAAUCAGAUCUCUCCCGAGAUAUACGUGUGCAUCUUGUCCCAUUGCAAGAUUAUUAUCCCCCCAAUACUGAGGUGUCUGUGAGGUGCCCACUGGGAUAUAAACCCUCACACAAGACAAUAACUUGUAAGGCUCAACAUGGUCACAAUGUGUGGGAUGAAGCAGUUAUUCGCUGUGUAGAACAAUGUGCAAAGCCGACAGGACUAGGAAUCAUUUCAUUAUCUGAGGAGAAAGAUUUCUAUGAUCUGUGGGAAUCUGUAAUAGUGACCUGUGCCCGGGGGUAUCAUGCCGUGUCUGGGGCAAUUACAUGUGAGUGGCAAGGAACCCGCAGUGAUUGGAAUGAGCCGGACCUCUGUAUUGUUCUGAUAAAACCCCAUUUCACCCAGUUUCCGAGCACUAGUGAUACGCUGCUUAAAUGGCGACUUUCAGAGGGACGCAAAGUCUAUGUUGGACUCCAGCUGAACAUCUCAGCUCAUAGAGAAUACGACUUGUCCUUCUAUAAAACAGAAUCUCAUUGGCUGAGACCCAACGUGAGGGAGUUUAAUAUGGAGCUCAAACAUGGAACCAACUACACUGUGACUCUCCAAGGCUUCACUUCAGCUGGACCUGGGGAACCUGCAGUCUGGACUCAUGAGACUCCUAUAGCAGAGCCUCCACCUCCACUAAAGAAGAAGAUAGAAAUUGGUGACAGUACAGCAACCUUCAAGCUACACCCUGUUCCUGACUUGAAUGGACCCAUUAGUUCCUAUGAGAUAAUUGUGACCAGGGGAUGGAAUGGGAGCUUGAGCCAUUUAUGCACAAGUUAUACCAGUACAGAAUCCAACUCCAGUCAUAUCCCAAGUGUGUACACUGCAAUGUUAGUCCCAGCCAUGAAUCUUAAAAAGAGCAGAACAUUCACCCUCGGAGAUGGCUUGUACUAUAAUGGUUUUUUCAAUUCUCCUAUGAACCCUGAAUUGAACUACAAAGUCUACUUGAGAGUCACCAGUAGAUGGAAGGAGGUGAAAAAGGCAUCAUGCACUUGCUUUGACCCCUAUGUAGCACUAAAAUUGGAAAUCACUCACUUUCCAAAUCUCACAGAAAACUUGUUACAAUGGAGGAGAGUUGGGGGAAGUAGAAGGAACAUCACAGGGUACCAGCUCAAUACGUUGGUCUGGAAGGAAAAUACUGUGAUAGAGGAAGAAUCCCACCAGUUCCCCCCUAAUGUGACAGAAUACAGAAUUCCCAUGGAAGCAGACACCAAUUAUAUGGUUACAGUACGGGGUCUCACUGCUGCUGGGCCUGGGGAAGCCUCAGUCUGGAUCUCAGGUAACCGUAAAGCUGCAGGUGCCUCAGACUCAUAUUUCCGGGUGUCGCUGGUGCUGAAGCCGCUGUUUCUGAUUAUUCUGAUCCUCGUCCUCUUGUGCUUUACUGUGAAGGAAAAGUGGGAGCAAAACAGGACAGAUUUCUCUGCUUUCCGAAAUAUCAUCAGUUGCCUGUUUCAGGAAGAGAAGAGGCACCAAGGAAGAACAGAGAGAGGGGGCAGUGAGAGGACGGUACCCCUGUAAGACUGUUCCACUAACUGCCCCUUCUGCCCCUCCAGCUGUCCCCAGGCCUCUGUAUUCUCCAUCAACUGUCACAUGUGGGAAAUGAAUGAGGAAACUACCAUGUAGUAUAAAGUCUAUAAUAAAGAUGCAUCAUAAUCCCAUUAAAAUUUAGCAAAUGUUAUACCUGAGGAAUCUGUAUCCUGAGAAAUAAAAUCUCCAGUCCUGUC